AUGAGCGUUAAUUAUCAGAAUGCUAAUAAUCAACUUUCCUUACUUUAUCAGCAAGCUGUACAUAUUGCGGAAAAUGCUGUCAAAGAUGAUCAAAAUGGCAAUGUUGAAGCUGCUAUAAAAUCUUAUUCAGAUGUUACAAAGAUUUUUGAAUCGAUUUUACAAUUUGAAACAAAUCAAAUUAAGAAAAACAAAAUCAUUGAAAAAUAUCAAGAGUAUAACAGACGUAUUACUGAACUAAAAAGUAUUGUUCUGCCCGAAUUGUCAAUUUUCGGUCAAUUAUUGAAGCAGGCUCAGUCUAAAUCGGAUCAAGCUUUAUUACAAGAUAAACAAAGAAAUAAUCAAAUGGCUUUAGAAUUGUAUACGGAAUCAUUGGAAUUAUUUAUGAAAGCUAUGAAAGAAACUAAGGAUGAUUCUAUUAGAGCGAAAUUGACUGAACGGAUGAAUCAAAUUUUUGAAAGAGCUGAAGAUUUGAAAGGAUUACCGACUAAUUCUCUGUCUUUAUUAUCUCUAAAAUCAGCUAAUCCAAACGCAGAAAAUUCUUUGUUGUCUUCGUCAAAUUUUGGGUUAUCUAGUAUGGAAAUUGAAGUUCUUGAAAAAAAUUCACAAAUAAAUAACAAAAUCUUUCCUCCAUGGCCUGAAGAAAUAAACGAACAAUUCGAAUAUGACAAACCAUUUAUAGAUGAUGAUGGACUUUUGAACUUGUCGAUAAUUCAGAGAGCAAAUUUUGGUUCAUGGAAACGUCCAUCUCAAAUAAUGGAAGAACCCAAAAUGAUUACAAUGAUUUCAAGUGCAGCAAUCAAACAAGAUAUUGUAACAGAUUGCUCAUUCGUAGCGUCAUUAUGUGUCAGUGCAGCAUAUCAAAAACGAUUUGGUAAUAAGCAGCGGAAAAUAUAUGAUAAGGUUAAUUUGCAAUGGAAUUCCAAGAAAAUUGUUGAUGACUUACUUCCACUUUCUCGCGAUGGAACUCUUAUGUGCACAUUUUCAACAAAUAAGGAUGAAUUAUGGCCAAGUAUAAUAGAGAAAGCCAUUAAAGAAAAAUCAAGCGUCAGUGCUAAUUCAGACAAAGAUUUUGAAAAAGAAACUACGUGGAAGCGGCUCUUGGACGGUCAAAGAUAUGGAGAUGCGCUUGUUACCAUUGCUACCGGCUAUUUGAGUGAUGCAGAAGCUGAUUCCCUUGGAUUAGUUCCUACUCAUGCUUAUGCUGUUUUAGAUAUACGUGAGGCGAAUGGCUUCUGUUUAUUGCAAAUUAAAAAUCCAUGGAGUCAUAAAAGAUGGAUGGGUCCAUUUAGUCAUUUGGAUAACGUCAAUUGGACUCCUGAAUUAAUAAAAGCGCUAGAUUAUGAUAGAGAGAAUGCAUUGGACGCUGAUGAUGGAAUAUUUUGGAUUGAUUAUGAUUCUGUAUGUCAUAAUUUUUUCUCGAUCCACAUGAAUUGGAAUCCGGAACUUUUCCCUUAUACUGCUAUUAAACACUCCACAUGGCCUGCAAAUGUUAAGUUGCAAAAAGACAUUUUGAAUUUAGGAUAUUAUCCACAGUUUUGCUUGGAAGUUACAAACGAUAGCGAGCAUCCAUCUCCGGUUCGUCUUUUGUUGACCAAACAUAUCACUGUGACAGAAGAGAAUAAGGAUUACAUCACGCUACACAUUUAUAAUGAUACAAAUGGAGAAAAGAUUUAUUAUCCUAGAACGCCUUGGAAACAGGGUGCAUAUGUAAACAGUCCACAUAUACUGGUCCGGUUUAAUGCACCAACGGGUGUUUCACGUUAUACCAUUGUUGUUGCUCAAAUCGAAAAAGCUAAAUCCUUGGAUUUUACACUUAAAUGUUACUGUAUGUCCAAAGUCAUUUUAUCAGAAAUUUCUGGUCAAUGGACAAGUCAAACAGCUGGUGGAAAUGCAAGUAAUAAAACAUAUUUAAAUAACCCAGAGUUUCGUGUUUCUAUAAUGCCACCAACGUCGUCGGAUAAGGCUCGAUUAUUAUUAAUGUUGGAAGGACCUAGGGAGUAUGCGAUAGAUGUCAGAAUGGUAUGGAGCAAUGGAAAAAGGAUAGCUAGUCUUGUUCCCAAGGACAUAUUGAUGAAAUCUACCGGUUAUCGUAACGGGUUUUGCUAUUGUGAAAAGGAUGAUGUAAAACCCGGUGAUUAUACUAUUGUUGUAUCAACAUAUGAACCCGGUCUUAUUGGGGAUUUCAUAUUAACUGUAGCAUCAAAUGUCACAUUUAACGUUACUCCUAUUCCACUCGAAGGAGCCGGAAUGUUCAAGGAAGUAAUUCAAGGACAAUGGCUUCAAACACCAGAAAUAAGUCCUACACCAAUGAUACAUAUCAAAAUAUUUGAAAAUCUUUCAAAUAAUUCACUUGGUAAAGAAGUGGCUAAUUCUGGACAUUAUGCUAGUUUUGUUCAGGGUGUAUGCACGGAUGAUAUAGCACUUCCCUCAUCCGAUCAAGGUUAUGUCAUAGUAUUUAGUACCUGGGAAAAAAAUGUAUCUGGCAAGUUUGUUGCUUACAUUUAUAGCGAUAGAAAUGUAAUUGUUGAAGAAAUUGUUCGCGAGUGA